ACAAUCUCUCUCUCUCUCUCUCUCUCACUUCAAAUUUGUACAGAUUCCAUCUUCACUGGAUGGAUAAGUGUCCCGCUUCCGUAAUUAACAGCUUGGCUUGGCGUCCAUGGGAAUGAGAGUUAGACACCUGGCCCUGACCUGACUGGUAGAGCUCUGUUGACCGCUUUUCCUCCAGGAAACGACCAAUUUGCUCCUCCUCCUCCUUCGUCGUCUUCUUCUUCUAAAGCUUAUGAAGUGGUUGUUCUAAUCAAUUUGACCUAUAUGGUCAGGGCUGUUCGAGCCAGCUUACGCAUACUCGACUAAUCCCUCCCUGGUUCGGUAAAGGCAGAAGCAGAAAUGGCUGAAGAGAUUGGAGAAUCCACACCAGCUGUUUCUUUUGACUAUGAACUUUAUGAAGGGGAUCCUGACCACCUUCGAACUGUAGCAGCUACACCCCCUCUGAUCAGCCCAUGGAUUGAUCCUGCAUCAUUGAAACUGAAGCAUCGGAUUGGGCGAGGGCCGUUUGGUGAUGUUUGGUUGGCAACACACCACCAAUCUGGUGCUGAUUUCGAUGAAUAUCAUGAAGUGGCUGUUAAAAUGUUACAUACAGUAGAGAAGGAUCACAUGCAAAAGUUCUUGAAUAAGUUUGAGGAACUAUUUCCGAAGUUACGGAGACAUUCAGGUGUUUGCUGGUUGCAUGGCAUCUCAAUAUUAUCUGGGAAGAUUUGCAUAGCCAUGAAGUUCUACGAGGGAUCGGUUGGUGAUUGCAUGGCACAGCUGAAAGGAGGAAAACUUCCACUGCCUAACGUCUUGAGGCAUGGGAUUGAUUUGGCUAAAGGAAUUGAAGGAUUGCACUCAAUUGGGUUGUUGGUGCUAAACCUCAAGCCUUCUAACUUCCUUCUUAAUGAACACAAUCAAGUUAUCCUGGGAGAUUUCGGGAUCCCUUACCUACUUCUGGGUAUUCCACUGCCCAACUUGGAUUUGGCUCUCAGGAUUGGGACCCCAAAUUACAUGGCUCCAGAACAAUGGGAACCAGAAGUAAGAGGUCCAAUCACCUUUGAGACCGAUACUUGGGGGUUUGGAUGCAGCAUUGUUGAGAUGUUGACUGGUGUUCAACCCUGGUUCGGUAUGUCAAUUGCAGAAAUAUAUGACUCAGUUGUGGUGAAACAAGAAAAACCACAGCUUCCAAAGGGGCUGCCUCCUGCAGUUGAGAAUGUUAUCAAUGGGUGUUUUGAGUAUGAUCUCCGGAAUCGUCCUCUAAUGGCAGAUAUAAUACACGCAUUUGAAAGCUCACAGAAUGCUAUUAGCAAUGAUGGAGAAUGGAUUGGCCUUGGAAGCAGAAGUUUCCUAGAAAAAUCAGAUAGCAGUGGCUACACUUCAUGGUUUCUCUCUAAGGAUCAUUUCCAAGUGGGUGAUACAGUCCGUUCGAGGAAGAUAGUGAACAGUUGCAAGGCAAAAUCAAUGGACGUGCCAGAAGGAACUAUAGUUGGUCUGGAGAAGGACACUGAUCGAGGUGGAUUUGUUCUCGUUCGAAUCCACAGAAUGCACAACCCGCAAAGGGUGAAUGUAUCAACUCUGGAGAGGGUUACAUCUGGCUUUGUCGUUGGGGAUUGGGUGCGCAUGAUUGAAGAAAACAACCACCACUCCUCUGUGGGAAUUUUACACUCUAUACAGCGAAAUGGAACUGUAGCUGUGGGAUUUCUUGGACUAGAGACCCUCCGGAAAGGUCAUAUUUCUGAGCUUCAGAUGGCAGAAGCUUAUUAUGUAGGACAAUUCGUGAGGGUAAAGGAAAAUAUCUUGACUCCUCGGUUUGAUUGGCCUCAGAAAAGGGGAGGAGCAUGGGCCACUGGCAAGAUUUCGCGUAUACUUCCAAAUGGGUGUCUCGUUGUAAGGUUUCCUGGCAGAUUGCCUGGAGAUGUAUCCAGUAGCUACUUUGCGGAUCCAUCUCAAGUGGAGAGAGUUUCGUUUGAUAGUUGUCCUGGGAUAGUGGAGAAGUACCAACAUGCCGAGGAUUUUCACUGGGUUGUGAGGCCACUAGCUAUUACAAUUGGAUUGCUCACGGCGUUAACACUGGGUUUCUUUGUCGGAGGAAAUGUGAGAGCGAGACUGAAGAAGGGUAAGAGAAACCAGCAGCAGGGUGAUGGGAACACUCAAGAUGGCCAGAGUGGGGGGAAUUCGGCUUGGCUUCCACCACCAGUGGCAAAUAUCCUUUUCAGGGAAGGUCCUCCCACUGCCACUGCCAGGUGAUAUGAAUUACCAUGGGUUGGCCACAGUUGGUCCGUUACGUAGGUAAUUCCUGCUGAUAUGGUGCCAAUCUGGGCAGUGGGCAAGUUAAGUGUGAAUUUGUGAGAAGGACAUGUUUUCUUACAUUCGCAUGUAUUCUCCAUAAAAAAAAAAGUGCAUUGUAUAUAUUCUGUCGUAAAUGUCAAGCCACGUUACAGUUUUAAAUAGUUGGGUUGAGCAAUAGGCACUGAAAUUGUGCUGAUGUUGUGGGAAUUAGUUUGUGUAUUUUAACUAGAUGUGAUGCGAUUGGAUGUGAUUGGUUGGUUUGUUGUGAA